UGUACACCAAUCUUGUAAAUGUUCUUCCCGGGGAUUGCGUUCGGAGGAAAGAAGGGAGAUUCUUGGAUCAUUCCAUAUGUACGCACUGCGCAUGCCUUGGAUGUGACUUCGAAAUCGAACGAGGUCGUGAGCGGAUGAACUGUGUACAGUUCCUCGACGUAUUCACAUGCAGGAACGGUUCGUCGUGGAGAAGUUGUCAAGAAGAAAAAAUUUAUUAAUUCGAAGCAGUACUGAAAUUCUGAAGCAUACUCACGCUUUAUGGAUGCUGCGCGCUGGAGAAGUUUGAAAUCAAGUGUACGUGUUGCCCACUAAAAUUCUGCGUAAGAGGAGGAAGCAUGUCAAUUCGUAAAAAUUAAGGUGUGACGUGAUAUACAGGCUAGAGUCACAGCAUUCGCUGAGGUUAUCGUGAUGAUAUGUGCUGCUUUCCUGUCGAAGGAUCCAUCGUGCUUGACGAGUGGUUUUGUGUUGUAUGAGGACACUUUUGAAGCAACAUUUCGAGAGACAAUCAGAUAAGACACGUGUCUCUUAUCUGCCGAACAUGGUGCAGUAUUAAUUUUUCUUGAUCAUCGGGCUCCGCGCAUUCAGUGUAUGCGAAUGCGUCUGAUUUUCGUAAGACCACUGGUGUAGACCAUUUGUGCGGUGUCAUCUUUUUUUUAUGGACGUCCAAUGUGUAUUUUGUCAUUUUUGCCACUACGUAAAUAAGGUUUAUGUGGAAGUGCUGUUUUUGAUAUGAAGUUAUGGCGAUCUAAAGGAAUCGUCCGUGUUCACGUAUUCAAAUUAAAGUGCUAUAUUUAUUGAAAAGGAUGAUUUUCAUGAAAAUUUUUCGGGUUUCCAGAAUUACUUCCUUGACCGGAAGAAUUUGUGUAGAAGGUAAUUUUUUAAUUGAAGUUCUGGCGUUGAAGUAUUUAGUCCAUGUAUUUUGUUCUCAUAUUCGAAUUGAAGUGACAUUAUUGAAAAUAAUCAUGUAUUUUGAAGAAUUGCUCGGGAUUCCCAACUCACUUCUUAAUUUUAAUUUGUGCGGCUGAUGCUGUUGAGUCAUCAAAGCUGUGAGAUGAUGUUUUCGGUGCGUAAUCCUUGUUGGUUAUAUUUUUGUGUAACAAUAUAGAAAGAUUGUUAAUAUUUUUCCCCUUUUUAAUACAAUAUUUUGUAUUAAGAAGGGGACAAUUCUGUUCGUUAAUCUGGGAUAAUUGUCGCUAUAGAAGUAACCUCCUGUAAAAUCCUCCUAAAAUAACAUGAUGCAAUCAGCCAGAUAAUAAUGACGCUUUGUCGGGGAUAUUGACAAAAAUAUACCAAUCAUCGAACAUGAGUCUGCGUUGCGCGAACCGAGUGUACCAAAAUAUUUUCGUGGAUAACUAAACCUCUUUUUCGACAGGAAGGGCGGAUUCUUGUGGAGAGAAAUGGCGGGACGUUGUUUUCUUGGAUCAUCGUUCGUCUUGAAUAAAUAAUUGUGAAAUCGAGCUAAUUUUAUGACUUACCAUCAUCAUAUUUAGAAGGGUUUUUAUUGCAAGGAUUAGGAUGACGGAUGUGGAUGAUUCUUUUCCAGAGGCUCUCAAACUUGGAAAGGGGCCUAGAAAAUCUUCUCUUGUUAUGGCGGAAUCAGCAGCUCAAGUUCAGCAAGACGACGAAGGUUCGCUGGAAGGACUUCUGGAUCAAGUUGGAGCUUUUGGCAAAUGGCAGAAAAUCGUCUUGUUCAUGAUCCUCUUGCCAGCAUCCUUGCCCUGUGGAAUUCAUGCUUUCAACCAAGUGUUCAUGCAGUUGCCUGUUGACCAUCAUUGCAGCAUUCCUGGAUUGGGACUGAAUUUCAGCAUGGAGUCUAACUUAAUCCCUCGUGACGGUAAAUUUGGGUUAAUUCCUGCUGGAACUUCGGAAUUUGAUCUUGUUUGUGACAAGGAGUUGUACCCAACAAUUGCUCUUGCCUUCAAUAACUUUGGCUCAUUAAUAGGGGUUGUAUUCUUUGGUUUCAUAUCUGACAGGCAUGGUCGAAAGAAAUCAUUUUUCUUGUGCUUGACUGCUGAUAUUAUUGGUGGACUGACAACUUAUUGGGCAACUAGCUACAUUUGGUUCACUGUUGGAAGAACUUUGCAAGGAUUAUCCAACCCAGCCAUUUGGCAGAUUCCUACAAUAAUGGGGAUGGAAAUAGUGGGUGGAAAACAGCGGGCCUUCGUGUCAAUGAUGGCAUGUUUUUACUUUAAUAUCAGCCUGAUCAUAGCCACUGGAUUGGCCUAUUUGUUCCCAUUUUGGAGGGAUUACGCAUUAGCAACCAUGUUACCUUCAGUUCCAGUUUAUUUGUUGUGGUGGGUAAUGCCAGAAUCUCCAAGAUGGCUGCUUGGGAAAGGGAAAAAUGAAGAAGCUCUUAAAAUGUUCAAGAAGAUCAACAGGGUAAAUGGUGCCAAGAUUGAAGAGGAGUACCUUUCAAGAGUCCUGAAGAGGGCAAGCGCAUCUGAAAGGAAAGCAAGUGAAGUAGGCAAAGGAAAAAGCUAUUUGGAUCUCUUCAGAACUCCAAACAUCAGGAGGAAAACCAUGUUGAUAAACUUCAUCUGGUUGGUGAACCAAAUGGUCUACGUAGGUUUGAGCUACUAUGGUCCAUCAAUGACGGCCAAUCCCUACCUUGGAUUUUUGCUGUCUUCACUUGUUGAUUGGCCUGUGUUCCCACUCAUCAUGCUAGCUUUGGAUAAAAUUGGAAGAAGGAGUUCAAAGAGCAUUUCUAUGAUCCUAGGAGGAGUUUGUGCCAUAAUAACUGUUGCCAUUCCUUCAGGAACUGGUGUCCUGGUGCUGUAUCUGAUUUCAAAGUUGACCAUCAAUGUGUCAUUCCUAAUUAUUUACCCAUUUGCUGGGGAACUAUAUCCAACUGAAGUUCGCGCUCUGGGAUUUGCUUUAGGAUCUUACAUAGGAUUCCUAGGAACAAUUCCUAUUCCAUUUAUAGUGCACUUAGGUACUGAAAACUUAUUUGUGCCAUUGAUUAUCCUUGGAUGUUUGUCAACGGUUGGAGGCAUUCUGACGCUGAUGUUGCCAGAAACUUUGGGGAAGCCCAUGCCACAGACAGUAGAAGAAGUGGAGAAGAUAUCUCAGGAAGACAAUGCGUUCACAAUCCUCGUGAGGAAAGGAAAAUCGUUGUUAGUUCCGGUUUAUGUGAUCCUCCUGGUCCACCUAGCAAGUGCCCAUUCCAAGGAGAAACCGAUAACUAUAGACGAAGACAACUGGAAACAGGUGUUGGAAGGAGAGUGGAUGCUCGAAUUCUUCGCUCCUUGGUGUCCUGCGUGCAAAAGUUUGCAAUCGACCUGGGAAACCUUUGCGGAAUGGGGACCAGACCUUGGAAUAAAGGUUGCUCAUUGUGACGUGACGAAGGCUGCAGGUUUGAGCGGCCGUUUCUUGGUGACAGCCUUGCCAACUAUAUACCACGUCAAGGAUGGUGUGUUCCGACAAUAUCAAGGCUCACGAGACAAAGAUGCGUUCAUUUCUUUCGUUGAAGAAAAGAAGUGGGAAAAAAUUGAUCCCGUACCGUUCUGGCAAUCCCCUGGUUCAAUUCACAUGUCCAUUGUCUCAGAAUUCUUCAGGUUUUCAAAUUAUCUCCGAGAUUUGCACAAAGUUCUCGUGGAAGACUACGGCGUCACGACGUGGGGUUCCUAUGCUUUGUUUGGUGUAUCCACCAUAAUCGUCGGGGCAUUAUUGGGAUUGCUGCUUGUGUGCAUAAUCGAUUACGUGAAUCCACCCAAACCGGUUGAACCGUUCGUUGUGCCGAAGCAAACUCCUGCUUCUGACGAAAGCUCUGAUGACGCGUCAGUAACGCAGGAGUCCGGUGAUGGCCAAGGAGACGUCCACGAUACGUCGAAUGAUGAGGAAGACGACGGUGAAGAUGAAGAUGAAGACGGAUCCGCAGAUGACUCUACUGCCGCAGCCGCCCCUGCGGCCGCCUCUGGUGAUGCUCAGCAGCCCAGACGCCGCCCCCGGCGCGCGGACUGAAAUAAUUCGAGCAUUCCGAAAAAAAGCUUAUUUUUAAUCUUUGUCGGCCCCUACCCUGAUCCCCAGUUAUGUUGCACGUGGAGUUGAUGUGUCUGGUUCCUCUUACCAACUGUUUCGUUUCCCCGAUUUCCAGUGUCCAGAUUUGCCGAGGAAAUUUAAUUUCAUGUAUUCUCGGGGACAUCUCACAAAUUUCUGAUGGACGUCAGUGGGAGUAUUUCGGCACUUGAACUGUUUCCAGCCUUGUCAAUUGUCAACCGUUGAGUCAAAUUCCAAUUGAAUGCGUAAAAUACCGAAAUUAGAAAGAAGAAUUCGAACAUCCCCACUAUUUCGCGAUGAAAAAUGCUUGAAUUCCUCCACCAUCAUUCUCGGUAAUCACACCUAACACAUAACUGAGUGCCUAACUAAUUUAUCUGAGCCUAAUCUAACAUCUAAAAUUCUUAAAUUUUAUUUUAUUCAUCGUUGCUACUGGAGUGCACGAAAACGGAAAGAAAUGUCUUUUUUUAAGCCGGGAAUAGAAGGUGCUUUGCCUGCAGAAUAUUCAUUAUAUUUUCAGAUGGCUGUUAGACUCUCCAUCAUGUCCGAGUGUCCAUUUCCGUAUGUCGAAGGACGAUUUUUUGUUGGAUUCAACAACGUGUGUUUCUUUAUCAAAGGUCUAGUGAAUCUGAUCGGAAUGGCAGAUCUUUCUGUUCGCGAAAUUUUGAGAGAUGAGUUACUUCGGAAUGUCGCUGAUAAUUACUUUUAUUUUGUGAGGCUUUUUGAAAGUUUCUAGAUACUGGAAAACGGGGACAUGUUAAAGGGGUUUUAAAAGAAGCGACUAUCAUUUGUAAACUAGUCACCUUUUCCACAUGAUCCAUCCCAUUGACGACAGACGUGAUACGCCAAAAAAGGGCCGCAUGCUAAGAGGUGUGAAAGUGGCGUCUCAGUUCUUAACGCCGGGUCCGCUUGUACUUGUUUUUUUUGUUUUUUUUUUUUGUGUUGCUCAACAGUUCGUAACAUUGUGGAGGCAUUUGUUUUCCCUCCCUUUUCAAUGAUCUGUCCUUCAGAGCUUUUCGGACUCGCGUCUUUUUUUUUUUUUGUGUGUCUAAGUGCGCGAUUAGGCAGAGGCGAAGACUGGAGUUAUAAUUCCGAGAUGAACGGUUUUUUGAAUCUUAAUUUCUGUCGUCAUUUCGGCUUCAAGUGAUGGAAAUAUCGAAUCGGCUUUUUGAUGGUAAAGAGUUGCUUGUUGAUUCGGCUUUGUCUUUGUCGUUCACUUGAUUGGAACAUUCCUGAAACUGUCGGAAAAAUGCCGUGUUUCCUCGGAAAUAUGACCUAUUUAUAAAAAGAACGCAUCUUAGACACUUUCGUUAGCGCAUGUGAUUCCCGCUAUACGAUAAUUACGAAAAUGUGAUGAUUUGCGUGGAGCGAGGUACAUGUACUGAUUAGGUUUUGUGUCAAAGGAAUGGUGGAAGAGUAAGAAAAAGUAAAAAUUUUUAUAUGUCCAAUUGUGCGGAACAUGUGCGUGAUUCCCCGAAAUUAUGAGGGGUAUCGCAUGAAUAACCCUGUAUGAACCCUAUCCGAAGUCGAAGCCCAAAUCAGUGGCAUUUUGGAUGGAGAAAGAACUUUAAUUUAAAUUUUAAAUCGGCUGAUGAGAGAUUUGGCCCAUUAGUGUCCGAAGUCUAUGAUUGCUUUAACUUCUCAUGAUGCCAAUAUAUUUGCGAAAAGUAAAACUGUUUCAUCAUUCCUCAGUAGCG